AUGCCAACCCCAGAGAGAAAAAAAAACAAGAAAAAAGAAAAAGCUAGUAGCCACAGGUCCUCUUAAAAACGAAAAUCCAAAAAAAAAAAAUCCUCACGAACCUCAAGUAGAAAUAGAGAUAGAAAAACCUAUAAACGAGAUAAUAAAGCUUCAAAUUUGGGUAUGUAAAUCUUCGGAUAAGACAUAAUGAAAAAAUUACAAGAAUUUAACAAUGGGAAAAGAACUGAGGAUUUAAUGGCCAUGUCAUUACUUCCAUAUAUGAAGACUUCUUCAAUUAACAGCGAAGCCAAUGUCGUUGAAUAAAAACAAUAGAAAGAUAAAAAAAGCAUGUAAAAAUAAAGAUUGCUCAUUCCGAUAAAUUAUGAUACACUGAUGAUAAUUAUAGAUGAACCUUUUUACAAAGAACACUUGUCCGAAGAAAUGAUUAAUUUUAUGAAAAAGAAGUUGAUAUCUAGCAUGAAAAGAUAAGUAAUUGAUCAAAAAUCAGAUAAUUUUUUGUCGAAGAUCGACAAACUAGAGUAAGAUCUAACAAAAAAGGGAGAUGUUGAAGAAUUAGAGAAUUAGAUUCAAUUAGGUGUUGUGAAUAGCAUUUUUAGUGUUUUGAAUAAUAACAAGGAAUUAGGAGAUAAUUUAGAUCCUGCAAUUAAAGAUAUUUUUUAAAUGAUGGAAAUAGAAAAGCCUGAUAUUAUUCAAGAUGAUAUAUAUUUUGAAGCUAAAUAGAUGUUUUCAUGAUAAUAUAUAAAAUUCAAUA